UUCGUCCCUCGUCCGCUGCCGCUGCCCGGUCUGCCGGACGAGCACGUGCGCCACGUGCACAGCAACGGCCGCUACGUGGUGGCCAAGACGGCCGCGGCGACCCUGCUGGUGUGGCGACUGGACAAGGGGACGACGCUGGUUGCACAGUCGGUGGAGAGCCGGACGCUGCCACAUCCCCGCGUGGAGUGUAUGGCGCUCCAGGAUGGCUCGGGGCACCUCCUCGUCACGUGCGCCCGCAACAUACUUCUGUGGGACCUACGAGAGCCAACCAGAGCGCCCGUGAUGCUCGGAGAGGACUUCUCGACGGUGGCGUGCUGCCAUCUAUCGUCUGGUGGCGAACCUCAGCUUGCCGACGCUGCUGCUGUUCUCUCGCUCGGCGUGGGUCAACAUGUUUGGCUGCUGGAUACGGACCGCGUGAAGCACCUGAUGACCCUGCGAGGUCACGACAGUACGUUGACCUGCGUCCGCCUCGAGGGCACCAUUUGUGCGGCCGGCAGCGAAUCGGGCGAGGUCAAGGUGUGGGAGACGGCUGGGCCGACCCUGCUCUACACCUCUCACGCGGUCACCCCGCGCCCUGCCGGUGACCUGGCCUUUGACCGGGUAACCGGGCUGCUGGCGGCCGGCCGCGGCUCCCAGGUGGCCGUGAUGGGCGAGGCUCCGUGA